UUCCUACUCCAUAUUUAAUUUAAGCUUCUUAGAGAAUAGUUUUUAUAUAUUCUAACUAUGCCUAAGAUUGCAGUAAUCCUUGGUCAAAGCCAACAGUCUAGAAAUUCAAGGAUGGUUGUUACACGAGUAAUUUCUGGAAACCAGGGUCAAUACUUGACUGUUCCAUCGACAAUCUACGUUGCGCGCGCAAAUCAUCUACACUCGGAACCUUCAUGUGAGGGCAAGAACAUACUUUGCAUCAAACUGUGCGCCUGUCUUGUCAUCGUUUUCGUGUUUUGUGUGCUCAUUGUGUUCAUUUACGCCAUGUUACUAGCUCAGUUCAGCGACAACCAGCUUCAACUCAACAACGACAGUUUGAUGGCUGCGUUGGUGAAGCCAGAGGAUGUGAAAAUACAUAACAAAUUAGAAUGAUAUAUCAUUUUUAAAGCUAUUUUUUCAAUUAAAGAACUUCCUAGAAAAUUCAUCAAAUAUCGUAUGUCGCAUAAAGUUAUUUAAUUUUAAUGCAAUUAUUAAAAA